AUGCGGGAAUAUAAACUGGUCGUUCUCGGAAGUGGUGGUGUUGGCAAGAGCGCUCUAACCGUGCAGUUCGUUCAAGGAAUUUUUGUGGAAAAAUACGAUCCCACUAUCGAGGACAGUUAUCGAAAGCAAGUAGAGAUUGACUCGCAACAAUGUAUGCUCGAGAUUCUCGACACCGCGGGCACAGAACAGUUUACAGCUAUGCGAGAUUUGUACAUGAAAAAUGGCCAAGGAUUUCUGUUGGUCUACUCGAUCACACAACAGUCCACACUGAACGAUCUGGCUGAUUUACGCGAACAGAUUCUUCGGGUCAAAGAUGUGGACGAAUUCCCCCUGGUCCUUGUCGGGAACAAAUGUGAUUUGGAAGCGGAGCGCAGUGUGNGUGUGGGCCGAGAACAGGGUCAACGACUGGCGAACGAAUGGAAAUGUCAUCACAUGGAAACCAGUGCAAAGGCGAAAAUCAAUGUGAAUGAGGUAGGUUCGGCUAUACCUACCUCAGCCCCCCGUGCUAACCCCUUGAAGGGUCAAGUCAACUCUCUGUAUUUUCGGUCUCGAUGUGCGUGUGUGUGGGUUUGGGAUGGGGGUAGC